UGGAGGAGCACAGUCUGGUGGUGAAGACCAUGACGCCGAUGUCGGGCGACCGCAAGUGCUUCCGGCUGAUCAACGGAGUGCUGGUGGAGCGCACAGUCAAGGAGGUGCUGCCAGCACUCAAGACCAACCAGGAGGGCAUCAAAAAGACGAUCGAGCAGCUGGCGCAGCAGUACAAGGCCACGGACAAGGAAUUCGUCGAGUACCGGCAGAAGCACCACAUCCGCAUUGCACAGCAGUGAAGGAGAAGAUUUUAUAAUAAAGCAUUUUUGAG